CCGGCCUCGCCCCGCGCCUCCCCUCCCCGGCCGGGUCUGACCCCCGGAUCUCCCCUCGCAGUCUCCUCUCUGUGCAGGGGGAAGUGUCCUUCUUGUGCUGUGACUUCAGGGUUCUUGCGGCCCAAGUUCCACCCCAGGGCCAAAUGUGCUCCCCCGGGGGCGGCUUCUCAUUCCCUCCCCUCCCUGUGAGCAGUGGGCAAAGGGGUCAGGAGAAAUAGACCCUUAAACAGAUGGCAAGUGGAGGAUUGUUGAGGGAUUGGCAGAAAUGGUGAGAGUGAAAGCAGCAACUAAGAAGGUAGCGCGGGAGCUGGGUGUAGAGAAAUUUAAAAAUCUGCGUCUCCAGAGAGAUGAGGAAUAGUGAGAUAAGGACAGGAACUGUAAAGGGGAGGCAGUUCGGCGAGCAGGAGGAGAGGAGAGAUUAUUUGCAGCCUUGGCAGACAGCAGCGAAGUGUUGGGACCAGAGCGGGUGACAGGUGGCAAGGGGAGCAGAGGAAGGAAGCCUAGGGGUGUGGCGUCCAGAGAGAGGGACGAGGGGGCUGCACCAGGCAGGGAGAGGAAGAGCAUUGAUGAGGGAAGAAAAAGGCAGAAAUAGAUGGAGAUUGGGGACAAUCAAACGGGCGAGGUGAAAGAGGAACUAGAGGUGAAAGGAGUUACAAGAAUGAGGCAGAAAAGGUGGAGGGGAAGGAACUUCGGGGAGAAAUAGCGGCAGAGAGCGAAACAGAAUGAGCAGAAAUUGUAGUAGAGGGGAGAAAAGGAAAGAAAAGAAGCUGGAGAGAGGUUAGAAUGAGAUGGUACAGAAUGAGGGAGAAAAAUGAGGAGUGGGCCCUGGGUCCAGACCAGUGGUGGUGGUUUGGAUAUGCAUCCUUCACUUGUGAUAUAUUGAUUUCUGUGUAACUCAAUGAAUUUAAAAUUUGUUUGAAUCAUACAGAUGAAGAGGAGACUUGUAGAACUCUUGCCUGUAAGGCAUGUGUAUUGUGCAGUUUUGGGAAUUAGAGGAUAGCUUCACUGUUCAGUAUGAAGGUGCUAAUUUGACUCAUUUCACUUGUGGGUUACCCUGUUUUCCUGGGGUGGAUUGUGGUUUGGGGAGUGUGUGAGAUAAAGGAAACCAGAGUGGUUUUCCUACUCGCACUUGAUAGUGAACACAGCACAGAGUACUUCACUUCUGGCCAUGAAAUUGUGUUAAUAUUUCUGUCGAUUGAGCAAGAACUUCUCCUUAAGACACCAACGUAGUGUUCUAUAAGUUAAUUUGUAUCUGGCUGUCUCUCCCUGGAGACAGCAUCUGAAGCCAGUUGGAUAUAGUACCAGGUUGGGACCUAAAUUGCUGUCUCACUGGGUGUAAAUAAGGGAUUCCUUGAUUCAGCUGCUUGGGUUUGUCAGAUAUUCUCACAGUAUUCAGAAAAACACUACUAAGGUUUGCCCAUUUAUUAAAAGGAUGCAGAUAAAUAGGUAGGUAGACCCUGUGUAAUCCUCAGCAUCUCAGGUUGAUAACUUUGUACUUCCUGGGGCUUAGCUCAAUAUUUCUGCUUAUAUUUAUUUAAAUCAAUUAAUUAGUACAUUAUUUAAUUAUUGCUGUUUUUUGUUAUGUGGUGCUGGGGAUUGAACAUAGGGCCUCAUGCAUGCUUGGCAAGUGCUCCACCACUGAACUACAUGCCCAGCCUUCUGCCUAUACCAUUUAUAAUAUAGAAGAUAAAAGAUUAUAUUUUCACUUAUAAAGAAAAACUACAUAGUUACUUUAGACAGGCAAGGAAACUAAUUGCAAAAUUCCUUUGAGGUGGAGAAAAGUUUGUCAGUUUCAGCCCAAUAUGCUCUGCUUCCGGAAGUCCCUCCCCGCCUUCAUCUCCUGCAGUAUCCUCCUCCCUGCUCACUCUGCUGUGGCCACACAGGCCUCUUGCCUUUUCCCAGGGACACUGUAGCUCCUGCCUCAGGACUUUCCUGGGUUCUAUCUCUGCUUAGAGACACUGGCCCAUCAGCUGCCCGUGGCAGACACCUUCUUUCCCAGGUCUUUGUUCUGUUAUCAGCAUCUCCAUGGAAACUUCUGUGAUCGCUCCACCUUCCAGACAUCCUAACCACAUCCUCACCUCCACCUCUGGUCCAUGUUCCCUGCUUUGCAAGUUUCUGAUCCUUCUCAGUCCACUGUCUGGAUCCUGGGGACAAUGAGGCUCCAAAGGGAGAGCUGAGCCAGAAGGGGGAGGUUUGGCCCCCAAAACUCAUGCUACCUACGGAAGGAGCUUGGAGGAGGAGGAAACAGGAAGAAAAGGAGUCAGGAAUGGCUCUUAGUCAGGAACACUUGACAUUCAGGGAUGUGGCAAUAGAGUUCUCUCAGGAGGAGUGGAAAUGCCUGAACCCUGCUCAGAGGACUUUAUACAGGGAUGUGAUGUUGGAGAACUACAGGAACCUGGUCUCCCUGGGAAUGUUUCUUCCUAACCUGAGUGUUAUUUCCACAUUGGAGCAAGGGAGAGAGCCCUGUACUAUGGAAAAUGAAAUGAAAAUAGCAAGAAAUUCAAAUGUGUGGGAAUGUAGCAAAGGACUGAAUACAGAUACCUCUCCUAAAUGUAUAAUUAAGGGAUCAUCACCAAAAGGGAAGAAAAGUACAGGAGAAAUAUUCAAAAGAGUGAUGUUGGAAAGACAUGAGAGGAGUGACAUUAAAGGCUUUUCAUUUAGGGAUGUUCAAAAAAAUAUACAUGGCUUUGAAUUUCAGUGGAAAGAUGAUGAAAGAAAUUACAAUGGACUGCUUGUGGCCCAGAAAAAAAGUCUCACUGGUAGAAGAGAUCAAGGUGGUAAAAGGGAUGCAGGAAACAAGCUUAUGAAAAAUUGGCUUGGAUUAAGCUUUCAGUCACAUUUGCCUGAACUGCAAACACUUCAAUCUGAAGGGAAAAUUGAUAGUAAUGAGGUUGAUAAGUCUAUCAACAGUGGUUCCUCAGUUUUACCACCUCACAGAAAUCCUUCUACUGUCAAAACACAUAUAUCUCAGGUAUAUGGAAAUAACUUUAUUUAUUCUUCAUUACUCAUACAAAGACAAAAAGCUCAUGUUAGGGAAAAACCUUACAAAUGUAAUGAGUGUGGCAAAGUCUUCAGUUACACCUCAUCUCUAGCACAUCAUCGGAGAAUACAUACAGGAGAGAAACUGUACAAAUGUAUCGAAUGUGGUAAGGCAUUUUUCAGACGUUCAUACCUUUUGGUACAUGAGAGACAUCACACUGGAGCAAAACCUUACAAAUGUAAUGAAUGUGGAAAAGUCUUCACUCAAAAUUCACACCUUACAAGUCAUCGGAGAAUUCAUACCGGGGAGAAGCCUUACAAAUGUAAUGAAUGUGGCAAAGCCUUCAGUGUUCGUUCAAACCUCACUAAUCAUCACGUUAUCCAUACUGGAGAAAAACCUUAUAAGUGUAAUGAAUGUGGCAAGGUCUUCAGUCAGACUUCAAGCCUUGCAAUUCACCGGAGAACUCACACUGGAGAGAAACCUUAUAGGUGUAAUGAAUGUGGCAAGGUCUUCAGUUCUCAUUCAAAUCUAAACACCCACCAGGUAAUUCAUACUGGAGAAAAACCCUAUAAAUGUUCUGAGUGUGGCAAGGUCUUCACUCAAAAUUCACAUCUUGCAAAUCACUGGAGAAUCCACACUGGAGAGAAACCUUACAAGUGUCAUGAGUGUGGCAAAGCCUUUAGUGUGUAUUCAAGCCUGACCACCCAUCAGGCAAUCCAUACUGGAGAGAAACCCUACAAAUGUGAUGAGUGUGGCAAGGUCUUCACCCAAAACUCACACCUUGCGAGUCACCGGAGGACUCAUACAGGAGAGAAACCAUACAAGUGUGAUAAGUGUGGCAAGGCCUUUAGUGUGCGUUCAAGCCUGACCACCCACCAGGCAAUUCAUACUGGAGAAAAACCUUACACGUGUAAAGACUGUGGCAAGGUCUUUAGUCGAAGUUCUAACCUUGUAAGUCACCGGAGAAUUCAUGCUGGGCAGAAACCUUACACGUGAAUGUAGCAAGGUCUUUAGUCACAACUUCUUGCAUAAUAACACAGACUUCAUUUUUAAGAGAAUCUUUAUAAAUGCAAUGACUGUUGAGCCAUUCAUCAAUAAUUAAAACAUUAGUAGAUGUCAGAGUCCAUGCUAAAAAGAAAUCUUGUAAACAGCAGAGGCUUUAAUCCAAGCCUCACACUAGUCAUCAAAAUACACAUUUUUGAUGAAACCAUACAAAUGGAAGGCACUUAUGUAGUAAGGCUGUUACCGAAUGAUCAUAACUGUAGGUGAGGAUUUAUGCCAAGAACAACUCAGGCUCUAGCUCUCUACUACUAUAUUACAUUCUGCAGAAUAUUUCCAAAUAAAAAUAUGUGAAAACUCAUGACCUGAAAUACAUGAAAGGUACAAGGACGUUCAGAAAUACUUAUCUUCAGGUUAUAAAGUAUUUUAUUCACUUGAGGUUUCUUGAGUUUGCUUUGCUAUUUAUGACUUUGAACCUGAACUUUAAAAUUUCUUAAUAUUCUGCCUUACAGGCUCUUUGGUGUGGUCUUUGAGAAAAAACCAAUAGGAUAAAGGGGCUUACCUUCAUUAGGGUCAUUUCUGUGUAAUACUUGAGGAGUCUGCCUUUUGAAAUUAAAUAUUGUUAAUUUAGAGGAGCACCAGAGAAUAAGGUAAAACUAUGACAAAUCAUCACGUUUAUUUGUGUACAUUGUGCCCUUAAAAGAGCACCAUAGGGGCCGGGGAUUUAGCUUAGUGGUUCCACUGCUUGCCUCACAAGUGCAAGGUCCCAAGUUCUAUCCCCAGUACCAAAAAAAAGCACCAUGGUUGAAGGCAUAAACAUUCUGUCAAUUGUGCAGUAUAGCAAGCCAGGAAAUUGGACACUGAGGGGUUUAGGGGCUAAGAGUGAUAGGCUAUAGGGACUGACUGUGGAAGAAAAUGCAAGAGAAAUGAUGACCACUUUCUAUGUUGAGUGAUAGUAAAGGUCAGAGCAAAUCAUUAAUGAAGUCACUUGAAAUUGAAGAAAGAUCAAUUAUUAUACUGUAGAAUGUAAUUGAAAGAACCAGAAUAGAGUCUGGGUAGAGUGUAGCUCAGUGGUUGAGCACUUGUCCAGCAUGCACAAGGCCCUGGGCUCAAUCCUCAGUACCACAAAGAUAAAUAAUUUUAAAAGCAUUUUCUUGAUCAUUACAUUUAACUGCUGGUGCUACAGCUUGCUGUUGCUUUAUUCAGAAUAUAUUAUUGGUCUAAUGUUUUAAUAAAAUUUACUUUUACUAUGAAA